GACAAAAAAGACACCCAAAAAAUGAGAAACUCAAAAGGAAACCACCUUUGUUCCAAACAAAAACCACAACUUCACUUCAAAGUUGAAUUCAAACACACAACAAACCUGAACCUUUUUCUCAUAGUCUUCACCAAAUUUUCUCAUUUUAGACCUUUCUUCUGUAUCUGUAAUGGUCAACACUUGAUUUGGUCUAUUGGGUCAUCCCUGUUUUUCUAGAAAAACUAAGUCACACUCAAUCAAUCAUCUUUGUUUCAUAGGCUUUGUAGUUCAUCAAUUGUGUGAAAGCUAGCCUUUGAACUCAGAAAAUGCAAUCGGGUGGUCCUGAAUCCGCAAAACCCAUGACCCACCGGACUCAUUCUCUGUCUUCUGCAGAUACUAGAGGGAAGCAUAGGGUACAUGCUGAACUGAAACGGACAGAACAAGAAGCCAAGUUCUUAGAGGAAGAACUGGAACAGCUUGAAAAGAUGGAGAAAGCAUCCACAUCGUGCAAAGAAAUGAUUAGCAAUGUGGAAGCAAGACCUGAUCCGUUACUACCAUUAACUGCUGGUCCUGUAAGUCCUUCAUGGGAUAAAUGGUUUGAAGGCCCCCAAGAUUCCAAAAGCUGCUGCAGAUGUUCGAUUCUCUGAUGACCAAAGCUAAUCGUCAUAGUUCUACAUUUAUUUUUUUCCCUCAGGCUCAGUUUGGCAUAGAAAGAUUGAGUUUUAAACAAUAGUUAUUGGCAAAUUUUCAUAUAUGUUUCCGUGUGCAUAUGACAAUUACAGCAAAUACACAGUUUUUAUGUUUCAGAAAACAGCUCAAUUGCUUAGACAAUAAUUCCAAUCGGUGAUAAUUUAAGAUGUCCAAAAUAUUUC